GACUGCUGCGACCAGAGAAGAGGCGAUGACUCCGUCACCACGCCUAGUGUCUAGCCCAGCAGCCUUUAUCGCGUCUCUACCACGUCCAUCCUAUGCUAUCAACUGCCGAUACUGGCAUCACGGUAUCUGUGUCGCACUGGUCUACGGUUCUCGUCCCGUCUUCCGUCGUCCAAUUUAUUCAUGCUUCAAGGGCCUUCGUUGUUGUUCUUCGUCUGAUCUAUUCCGCUCCGCCCGGAGCACCGUUCAACCAGGGCGUCUUUCAGUCUCACCGCAAACGCCUUGGCGAAGCUGGGCCUACGGCAUCCGGAGGGCCACUGCUCUGCCGAGAUGUGACAACGAAAAACAACAAGCCCGCGUCGACAGCUCGUUUGCACAGCGAAACACCUUAUUGGAUGUCGUCGAAAGAGCACGGGUGAUCAUGUACAAAUGCCGAAGUUGGUUACAAUGCAGCCUCUCGUCCCGGAGCUCCCUGAGAUGAUCAGCCCCGGACUUACCAAAAACAGACCCACUGCUAUCGCCCGUUUGAACAGCAAAAGAAAGUUCGGCUGCUCGCCAAGCCAGUAUUCAGAGACAAGCCAUGCGCGACGAUGCAUCAAAUAUUCGUGAAUGCCUUCCUGAGCAUCGAAGAAACAGAGAUGCGCUUCGGAGAUCGGUCUAAUUACAAUCCGUGAGUGUCAUUACACAUAUUCAUGUCAAUCAACGGAGAUCGCCGCCAGAAUAUGUAAACUCGACCCCCGCAUCCAAGCAUUCAUUGAUGACCUCAAUAUCCUCAGUCAUUCAUAUGCGAAGGCAUCAUACCCUGACAUGCAUCAAGGCAUCGGUUGUCGUCAGCUGGCCACCAUAGCAACAAACGAGAGUCGGAAUGAACUCACUGGUUCGUCUACUGGGUCGCUCUUCUACUCUCAAUUGGAGCACUGACAGGAGGCUAUGGUUCGUAUGUGAUCAAGUCGUGAUUGCUUCCUUAUUGUAGCCUAGAAGAUAGAACCAACGGUUUGGGAUUGCUUUUCGCUUCCAAAAAGCAGCUAGGACGCUACGAGCGCUUGGCCGGAAAGGGAAUGAACUUUUGGGGGCCCCAUAUGCUUCACUGCGGCACAGUCGUAUUUGAAGGAAAUUGUCAUUGACGAAGGGGGAAUAUAUCUGGUUGCGAACCCGCGCGCUUGGCCACAAAAGAGGCACCCAUUUGUUCACGUUUCCGUAUCGACGUGUCCAUUACAUUUCACAAUGAAGAGCUUCGCAACGGUCCUCCUUGCUCUCUUGGGCGGCGUCACGGCGCAGACGACAACAGUUAUUGAGGUCGUGAACCCCUUUUUCGGACACAACCCCUUUGAUGCCUCUAUUGUGGAUGUCAACCCUACCGCGACAACGUACGCCGUGUACUGCCAAAGGAACAGCACCAACUACCAGUGUCGAGGCGAUCCUUCCGGCAGCACCAUGACACUUGUGGGGGGGCCUUCCACCGUCGAGGUCCAUAUUGAGCAGCCCGAAAGCGGACUAUCGACCCAGUUCAUCGGCACCAUCUCGGGAGGCCAGCUGGAUUACGAAGGCGUCAUCAUGAGGAACGGGAGGACUGCCCAAAUCGCCCACAUGGUCAUGUCGCCCGUCACGAACGAGGACGCCCGCGUGCCCCUUACCGUCACCGCCGGCGUUGAGAAGCUGCUGGCCCAGGCCACAGCGACGACGGAGUCCAGCGGCGCGCAAUCCGGGCCGACCGCGACUGGCACCCAGGCCACGCUGACGUCUACCCCGGCGUCCACGCCAAACGCAGCUGUGUCACGGGCCGGUCAGAAGCGGCUUUUGAAUGGGAUCGCCGGUACUGCUGCUGUGGCGGCAGUCAUGAUGCUCUAAUCCGCAUUAGAGAUUUUCUUGAAGUGGGAGAGGGGCUUUCAGCAUGCGAAAGGAGAUUCGCCACGGAGAAGUUACGCAUCAAGACAGCCGUUUUUCAACGGGAGAGAAGAGUCGGCAAUACGAAUCUGAUGCUCUUUGACGCCCGGCGACUGUGGUUUGCGCCGUUUCCGAUUGUCCACGGUGGGAGUCGUUGUUUGCCGCGGCUCAUGAAAGACAGUUCCCGCUCACUGUCCGUCGUCCAGGCAUCUCUCCCACUCAACCACAAACUUCCACCGCGUGUCUUUAGUAUAAAUACGUCCCGGAUCAGUUUUCUCCUACUGGAGGGAAACAGAAGCCCAGUGAGUGCCCGCUUUCCACUCCCGGCCCUUGUCCCACUCACUCUCUGUCC